UUACCUUUGUGCCCUAAGCCCAGUCUUUCCUCUCCUCGUCUAAUCUUCUUCCUCGGUUGCCGCCCUGCCCUCUCCGCGCGAACGGCCAACGACCCGCCGACCGCAGCGCCGGGCCGGCGAACAGAGAAGUGUUUGGGAGAUCCAUAGUUCAGCAAGUGGCCAACAGCUUCACCUCACAGUUUGCAGUCAUGUCCAAGGCCCAACUCUAUGAUAUCCUCUGUCAAAUGAAAGCUUUGAUAGAACAAAACCAGCAAGAGGCUAGGCAGAUCCUCAUCGACAACCCUCUCCUGACUCGAGCUCUCUUCCAGGCACAAAUAAUGCUUGGAAUGGUACAAUCUCCUAAAGUGAUGUCCAACACUCAACAAGCUUGGCGACAACCACAACCAGCACAAGUCGGACAGCCACAGAUUGUUCACAGUUUGCAGACAGUGCCUGCUAAAGUUGGAGAACAAUCUGAACCUGGUUCAUCUCAAUCACUGCUAUCAGCUAGACAACAGCAUCCAACACAACCAUCCAUUUCUGUUCCACCUGCAUCUGUUCCACCAUUGACCUUCCAAUGGAAGGCAAUGCCAUUGCCACUUUCAGAACCACAAACUAAGGGCUUUCUGAAUCUCCAAGUUCCUUCAGUAACACCUAUACAAUCUUCCCAGAUUCAAAAUAUAUCUCAACCCAACCCUGCUGCUCCACAUUACUCAAAUCUUCCAUCCCAUAUGCCGAUGAUCUCUGUACAUCCACAGCAAACUUUGCAGAAUCCUGGACUGGUCAAUCAACUCCUGCAGCCGCCAUUACCACUGCAGCCUAGACAGGUUGCAAUGCAACCUUUUGCUCUUCAGUUUCAUCCACGGAUGCCUCACUCGCUUGGUCUUCAACCAUCCAGUGCACCUCAACAGCUUUUAUCACAACCCUUGUUUCACACCACUCUGAAUUGUUCAGUCAGGUAUCACACCUCCAUCCUCCUUCCCACAAGGUCAGGCACCACUUCCAAGUCAGCCACCACAGCAUCUUUAUCAGGCAUGGAAAGCGAACUGCAUGGUCUGGUUCCCAUUUUGCUGAUGAAUGACGCCCUAUUACGAAUCAAUUUGGGUUCGAUUCAGACAUUGUCAUGGAUUGGAUGGGCCAAAUUGCAAGCCAGGCCGGGCCUAUUAUGGACUAGGUUUUGGAAGCAAUAUGAAAGAAAUGCUUUUACAUAUAUUAUAUUUACAUCCCUUGCAAAAUUUGGCAUUAUAAAUUUUAGUAUAACAUUAUAUCCCUCCAAAUAGUAAACGACUCCACGUACGUCAGUAUCCUUAACGUCCGUGUUAACCACACUUACCGUUGUCAGUAUUCGUUUAUUUGAGUUAAGUAAAUAUAUGCAAUAUAAACAUUCUAAUAUACUCUAUUGUUAUAGUACAUAUGAGUUUGUAAAAGAUAUUAAUAUAAUAUUUAGAAUUUUAAUAAAUAAUUAAUUUACAAUAAUUAAUAUAAGUUAUUGUUGUAUAAAAAUAUUAUAACAAGACUCGUUCAUCAACUUAUGGAUAAGAAAAAAAAGAGGUAUUUCCCAGAAAA